AUGAAGACCUUCCUGCCCCUUGUUUCGCUCCUGAUGGGUGUCAGCAUGACCUCUGCCGCCCCUACCUCGAAAGUCGCUGCUGAAAAGGAUGUCGCACCGGAAAGCGCACACUCAUUCAAUAUCAACGCCUACAGUCCGCCACCCGCCGAUCACAAGGUCAAUGAUGCCUUGCACCGCAGGGAGGAGGUUACCCCAGAAGGUGCAAAUCUAUUCAUCAUUCAUUCCUAUGGUGAUCGGCCUUCAGAGCGCAAAGUCGAGAAUACCUUGGAGCGUCGAAACGAGGACAACGCUGACGGCGCACGUCUCUUUAAUGCUAUCGAGGCCUAUACUCCUUGA